GAAAUUUCUUAUUGGGCAAGCCACGCGUGCGGCUAUAAACAUAAACGCAUUUCUCUCGCUCGGAUAUCACCACCUGAGCGGCUCACUGGUACGCUUUGCAGAAAAUCUUCACUCUCAGAAUCUCUUUUUUCCCGAUUUUCUCUGAUUUUGUUAGGGUUAGGUUUUCCUUCUUUUUCAUAUAAUCUCUGCGCUGUGCGGCUCACCGGAACGCGUUACUGAUUCAGGCAUGGAAUCUAACCUCGUGAUAAAGGUUAAAUAUGGAGAUACCCUCAGACGCUUCAGUGGUCGUAUUAAUGAAAAUGGACAGCUGGAUCUUGACUUGGCUGGACUGAGGGAAAAAAUAUUUUCUCUCUACAGUUUCCCAUCUGAUGCUGAACUUAUUUUGACUUAUAUCGAUGAAGAUGGUGAUGUAGUCACUCUUGCUGAUGAUAGUGAUCUCCAUGAUGUGAUGAGGCAGGACCUCAAAUUCUUGAUGGUUAAUGUGCAGCUGGAUAACGAUCAGUCUUCCAAGUCUUCUGCAAGAUCGAGUGGAAGUUCUACUCCCUUGAGGUCCACACAUGUUCAGCAUCCUUUACAAAAUGUCAACACUGCUUUAUCUGAAAUUUUGAGAUCUGUUCCAGAGCCUCUCCUUGAUGCCAUUUCAAAGCUUUCCAUUGCUUCAAAAGCUUCAUCCUCGAACCAAAUGCUCACUGAGCUUGUUGACUGUCUUUCAAAGGUGGGACAAUCAUUCCUGGAUGCUACUGCUCGGACUCAAGUUGCUAAUGACCCCAGCAGUCAGGGUGGGUCUUCUGAGGCCCGUGUGACUCCAUUAGUGCCAUCUGAUCAAAAUCCUUCUUCUGAUUGUGGCGUGAGUCACAUUUUGCCACAAUCUACCUCUGCAGAUUCAGCUCGCAAAGGUGGCCAGGAGACUAGUGCUGGGAGCAUGGCAAGAGGUGUCGAGGCACAGGCUAUCCCUCAGCCUGCUACCGUUGAUCUGAACCUGGAAUCUUCUGCUGAUUCUGACCCAUCUGGAUCUGCUGGAGUGAAAUGGAACACAGCUCUAUCUAAUGUUGUUGCUGGUGAUGGCAAGAACAAUGACAAUGGAGUUGAUGGCCGUUCCAAGAAGAAGGUUGUUGGUUUCCAUAUGUUUGAUGAUAAUACUCAGAGAAAUGCACCAGACCCCUUCAGUGGAGUGUCCCUUUCUGAUGAUUCUCCUGUUCCUCUGUAUGCACAUUCUGGUCACUGGAGUCAUCAUAUGCCUUUUGGUGGGAUGUCUGGAAUUUUCCACAGGGGUGUUCAGUGUGAUGGAUGUGGGGUUCAUCCAAUCACUGGACCUCGAUUCAAGUCCAAAGUAAAGCAAGAUUAUGACCUCUGCAGCAUUUGCUUUUCAAAAAUGGGUAAUGAAGCAGAUUAUAUCAGAAUCGACAGGCCUGUAUCUUUCCGUCAUGCAAGAUUUAUGAAGAAAAUUGGAGGUGGUCCGGCACUACCAAAUAUCUGCAGAAAUCGUGGAAUGAAGCUUGGUAGGCCUAAGUUUGAUAGUCGCUUCAUCAUGGAUGUUAAUAUACUGGAUGGGACCGUAAUGGCUCCAUCUACACCAUUUACAAAGAUUUGGCGGAUGUGCAACCAUGGUAAUGUACCCUGGCCCAAUAGGUCACAACUCGUCUGGAUUGGGGGAGACAAAUUCAGUGAUGCAGUCUCUGUGGAUAUGGAGAUUCCCACAGAAGGGGUACCUAUAGAUGGGGAGCUUGACAUUGCUGUUGAUUUCACUGCACCUGAGUUGCCUGGUCGUUAUAUUUCAUACUGGAGGAUGGCAUCUCCAUCUGGCAUAAAAUUUGGGCAACGUGUUUGGGUCCUUAUUCAGGUUGAUGCAUCUCUGGAGGACUCUAUUUCUGGUACUCUCCAAGGAUUAAACUUGAAUUUGCCCCCUGCAAGCAGUGGUCUGAGAGACUUUGUGGAUAUGGAUAGUGGUUCUGCAGUGGAUGUCACUAUACCAAUAACACCGGUGGUUGACCAACAUUCAAACAAGGAGCAUAUAACUGAUUACAGAAUUAACAAUGAUCUGCUGCUUGUUGAUGGUGUCCCAGUCUCCAUGCGUGCACCUAUGCUGACUCCAUCAGCCCCUGCUCCUCCAAAAGCUCUUUUAACCUCACUUACCCAAAAGGCUCCAUCCUCUGUUCCUCCACUGGCUCAAACGGCUUCUGCUUUUGUUGAGACUCCAUUUACCUCUGAUUCUGUGCUGCCUUCAUCAUCAGCACAUGCUCCUCCUAAGGAUCCAUUGCCCUCAUCUGUGUCAUAUCCCAUCAUUGAUCAAGAUAUCCUAAUCCCUCCUGCAUUGUCAUCACUUAGCCAAAAGGCUCCAUCCUCUGUUCCUCCACAGGCUAAGACAGCUUCUGUUUUUGCUGAAACUCCAUUUACCUCUGUCUCUGUGCUGCCUUCAUCAUCAGCCCAUGCUCCUCCUAAGGAUCCACUGCCCUCAUCUGUGUCAUAUCCCAUCAUUGAUCUAGAUAUCCUGAUCCCUUCUGAAUUGUCAUUACCUGCUUCAGGUGAGGAUUUCCUUGCUGGAUCAACCCAUCCACCAGCCAUUCCUCCAAAGGGUAUGCCAGGUUCAUCUCAAGAUAUUGGUGAAAGCCAUGUUCUUGAAGAGACCCUCCUUAAGGAACUUGCAGAGAUGGGUUUCAAACAGGUUGAUUUGAACAAGGAGGUCUUGAGGUUGAAUGAAUAUGAUUUGGAGAAGACUGUUGAAGAUCUAUGUGGCGUCACUGAGUGGGAUCCAAUUCUUGAGGAGCUUCAGGAGAUGGGCUUCCGUGAUGCAGAAAUGAAUAUGAAGCUGCUUAAGAAGAAUAAUGGGAGCAUCAAGGGUGUGGUCAUGGAUCUUUUAACUGGAGAGAAGGCUUAGAUGAAGAAUAUUUAUCCCAUAUAUGAUAAAUAGAUGCUAUAAAUAAAUAAUCAAGUGCAGUACUUUUUCUUGUUACUAGUAAAGUCCGGAACUUUUUCAGCGAUGCUGCUUAUAUAUAUUCCCAGCGUUGGAUGUGAAAUUUUCAGUUUGGUUUUUAAGCCACCGAACAUGAUAUGGUAUGGUAUGGUAUAUAUAUUAAUUGUCCAUGUCUUAAUUUCUAUUUUUUUGGCCUCCUAUUCAUGCUGUA